AUGCCUCCAGUAACCCUAUCUGAGGAUGUUCCAGGACUGGACGUGCCUUCUCUCGCGCUCGAUACGGAAUCAUCCAACAAUGCCCCCUCCACAGAGAUCCCUGAGCUGAACGGACGCUCUGUAUUUUCGCCGAUGGAUGUUUUCAGAGCCAUGACCGCUCGAUCGAUUACCCCUACUACGACUCCCCAUCCUGGAAAAGGUUCGAUUCCCCCGAACGACAUUAACAUGGCGGGUCUCAUGGCCUUGUUUGCGAUUAUCGGAGCGUCUUUUGUGCUGGCUGCCAUCUGGUUCUUUUUCUGGGCAAAGAACGGUGGGUUCGUGUGGCGCAAAGGCGACUGGGAGGAGUACAAGUCGACGGUGCUACGCCGGAAGGGCCCUGACGGGAGGACACUCAGCAAUGCCACAAAGAGCACAAAACUGGGCGGCGGGAGUAUUGUUCACCGAGGGUAUAGCGACGAUGGCUAUACUGUGACCGACAUGACCGAGACGGUGGACGAGACGGCGACGACUGUGACGGAGGAAAAACCAAAACGCAAGAAGAAAUUCAAGGAGACGGCCAAGCAGAAGAUUCUCCGCAGGCGCAGGGAGGAGAAGUGGGAAGGCGAGGUCGAUGAGGACGUACGAGCGUAUCGCCACGAGAAACCAGCGCGCGUGGGAGGGAUCAAUCGGGAACCCGACGGCACCGGCACGUAUUAUGGAAGCGAAUACACGACCAGCAACGCUCCGACUUCAACGUACAACACAAGUGAGGUCAACACGAGUGAGGUCACUCCAAGUGAGGUCGACGAGGGGCAUAGGAAUCAGCGCAGUGUCUCUGGGUUCUCUUUUACAGCAGGCAGCGAAGACAUCCUGAGCCAGGCGACCGAGGAGCACCACUUGCGCGAUCCGUCCUCUCGGCGAAGUCAACGCCGUCAUCAACGCAGCCGAGCGUCCCGUUCGCGCCACAGCAGUCAUCGAAGGCAUGGUCAUCGCUCUUCGAUGCCGGGAGGAUACACGGAGCCACUAGACUUUUCAUCACGGGGGUCCAACUCGGAGUAUCAAUACUCGACGGUUGAGACGGAUUACGGCACGGGAACGAGGACUUACCACCAUCCCAUCCCGGAGCUGAGCAAGGGCUACCGACGAGAAGGGGGACGCAGCAGACGGAGGGACAGCUUGAGCGAUAGCGAGUGA